AUGGAGGCAGCCACAGCUCCGGAGGCAGCCUUAGGACCCACACUGAAGGUGAAAGAAGCCAGCACAGCAGAUGCUGACGGACCUCAGGCUUCACCCCGGCGGGGGGCCGGCAGCUCCCUUCCCCAGCUCCUGCCCCCCAUAGAAGAGCACCCCAAGAUCUGGCUACCUCGGGCCCUGAGGCAGACCUACAUCAGGAAGGUUGGAGACACUGUGAACCUUCUAAUCCCAUUCCAGGGCAAACCCAAACCUCAAGCCAUCUGGACGCGUGAUGGCUGUGCCUUGGACACCAGUCGUGUGAGUGUGCGGAAUGGGGAGCGGGACUCUAUCCUCUUCAUCAGAGAGGCGCAGCGUGCGGACUCAGAGAGGCCGGGCCCUCCUCAGAGCAUCAAGUUGGUGGAUGUCUGGGGCUCCAGCGCUACCGUGGAGUGGACUCCUCCGCAAGACAUGGGCAAUGCGGCUCUCCUGGGAUACACGGUGCAGAAGGCUGACACCAAAUCUGGGCUGUGGUUCAGCGUGCUGGAGCGCUAUCACCGCACCAGCUGCACGGUCUCCAACCUCGUCGUCGGCAACUCCUACGCAUUUCGAGUCUUUGCUGAGAACCAGUGUGGGCUUAGCGAGAACGCCCCCGUCACUGCCGACUUGGCCCACAUCCAGAAAGCAGCUACUGUUUACAAGACCGAGGGCUUUGCCCAGCGAGAUUUCUCUGAAGCCCCGAAGUUCACCCAGCCCCUGGUGGACUGCACGACGGUCAUUGGCUACGACACCCAGCUCUUCUGCUGCGUCCGUGCCUCCCCCAAGCCAAAGAUCAUCUGGCUGAAGAACAAGAUGGAUAUCCAGGGCAACCCCAAGUACAGAGCCCUUACUCACCUGGGAAUCUGCUCCCUGGAAAUCCGCAAGCCUGGCCCCUUUGACGGAGGCAUCUACACCUGCAAGGCGGUUAACCCCCUGGGGGAGGCGUCCGUGGACUGUCGGGUGGAUGUGAAAGCUCCUAAUUGAGGCACCCUAAGCGGAAAUGGGUAACUCUGAGGAAGGAAGCCUGUGGCGAGACUGUGUUCUUAAGAAGCUCCAGCACAG